AUGGUGUUUAGAGAUAAAGUUAACUUGAUGACAUCGAUGCAACCAGGUGACGACGCAAACCGGAUGUGGGAGGAUAUGGCGACUACGAUUACUACGGUGGCAAAUGAAAUGCUAGGGGUUACAACAGGAAAGACUAGUGGGCAUAAGAAGUCCUGGUGGUGGAAUGGAGACGUGCGUGCCAAAAUAAAGGCUAAGCAACAGAGUUUUAGAGAUCUUUUGAGGUGCACAGUAGAGGAGGAGCGACUGAGGGUGAGGGAGAUAUACAAGAAGGCAAAAAGGGAAGCGAAAAAGGCGGUGACCGAGGCAAAAAACACAGCAUAUAAACAAAUGUAUGAACGUUUGGAAACGAAAGAGGGGGAGCAUGAUAUGUUCAAGAUCUCAAAAGCUAGGGAGCGAAGAAGACAUGACCUAGGAGUAGUAAAGUUUAUCAAGGGAGAGGAUGGAAGGCAUACCAAGAAGAUAGCAGCAAUCCCAGGACCCACAGGCGACAACAGAAUAAUUGCUACUGCAGGAGGAUCACACAUGAAGAGGUGA